AGGCGCUGCUCAGUGGCCGUCCGUGUCCCUCUCUGCUUUUUGCUUAUUUUCCAGCCACCUAAGUCCAAUCUGAAUGCCCAAGUCGUUGAUGAUUGUUUGCCUGUUUCCAAAGAUUGGUAGAUAGUUGCCUUUUUAAAAAUAUCAUUUUUCUUUAAAUCUGGUUUGCGUGGAAAACGUUAGGAGAGCUCAUAUGAAGGGCAAUAGCAACCCCGAAUCUUGAAACUCGCUCUAUCAUUCCACUGAAAUUCUACCACGUGGAAUAAUGCUUGAAGGGUCAGAAUUCUGGAACUGCCCAAUAACCAGUCGUUAUCGAGGGUUAGUUUGUGAAGGUGGGAACAGACUGGUUCUAAAAUUCUGUUUAAUGACAGUCAAUUAAGAUUUCUGAGUCUGGCUUGAGGUCCUUUUCUUGCAUCACAGCCCAGUCGUCCUUGGCAAGAGAGUCUGUAUACCGGCCACAGCUCACAAAAACAUUGUUUGAAAAAAUUUAUUUAAAGAACAUUGUUUGUAAGAUGAGUCUCAAUACAGAGGACAGACUUUCCUAAGGUGAGAUGUGUUACUUACCCAGAGCUGUGAAAGGCUUUACGAAUGGAAACUAGAGACUGAAUUUUUCAGAAUUUUAAGAAGUCUCCCCAACCAGUGGCCCCCCACUUUCUUUUUUAAACCAAAGGAUGUGUGACCGAAAUGGUGGUCGGCGGCUUCGACAGUGGCUGAUCGAGCAGAUUGACAGUAGCAUGUAUCCAGGACUGAUUUGGGAGAAUGACGAGAAGAGCAUGUUCCGGAUCCCUUGGAAACACGCCGGCAAGCAAGAUUAUAAUCAGGAAGUGGAUGCCUCCAUUUUCAAGGCCUGGGCAGUUUUUAAAGGGAAGUUUAAAGAAGGGGACAAAGCUGAACCAGCCACUUGGAAGACGAGGUUACGCUGUGCUUUGAAUAAGAGCCCAGAUUUUGAGGAAGUGACGGACCGGUCCCAGCUGGACAUUUCCGAGCCAUACAAAGUUUACCGAAUUGUUCCUGAGGAAGAGCAAAAAUGCAAACUAGGCGUGGCAACUGCUGGCUGCGUGAAUGAAGUCACGGAGAUGGAGUGCGGUCGCUCUGAAAUCGACGAGCUGAUCAAGGAGCCUUCUGUGGACGAUUACAUGGGGAUGAUCAAAAGGAGCCCUUCCCCGCCGGAGGCCUGUCGGAGUCAGCUCCUUCCAGACUGGUGGGCGCAGCAGCCCAGCACAGGCGUGUCGCUGGUGACGGGGUACACCGCCUACGACGCGCACCAUUCAGCAUUCUCCCAGAUGGUGAUCAGCUUCUACUAUGGGGGCAAGCUGGUGGGCCAGGCCACCACCACCUGCCCCGAGGGCUGCCGCCUGUCCCUGAGCCAGCCUGGGCUACCUGGCACCAAGCUGUAUGGGCCCGAGGGCCUGGAGCUGGUGCGCUUCCCACCGGCCGACGCCAUCCCCAGCGAGCGACAGAGGCAGGUGACGCGGAAGCUGUUCGGGCACCUGGAGCGCGGGGUGCUGCUGCACAGCAGCCGGCAGGGCGUGUUCGUCAAGCGGCUGUGCCAGGGCCGCGUGUUCUGCAGCGGCAACGCCGUGGUGUGCAAGGGCAGGCCCAACAAGCUGGAGCGCGACGAGGUGGUCCAGGUCUUCGACACCAGCCAGUUCUUCCGAGAGCUGCAGCAGUUUUAUAACAGCCAGGGCCGGCUUCCCGACGGCAGGGUGGUGCUGUGCUUUGGGGAAGAGUUUCCGGAUAUGGCCCCCUUGCGCUCCAAACUCAUUCUCGUGCAGAUUGAGCAGCUCUAUGUCCGGCAGCUGGCAGAAGAGGCUGGGAAGAGCUGUGGAGCCGGCUCCGUGAUGCAGGCCCCCGAGGAGCCGCCGCCAGACCACGUCUUCCGGAUGUUUCCAGAUAUUUGUGCCUCACACCAGAGACCGUUUUUCAGAGAAAACCAACAGAUCACCGUCUAAGUGUGUCGCUUGGGCGCCCCACCCCGGCUGCAUCCUGCAUCCAUCUCCCUAUUGCAGUGGCCUGCAUCAUGAUUAAAGGAUGUGGAUUCCUCUGUCUGGGGUGGGAUGCCUUACUUUGCACUUAAUUUAGUAAGGGCAUUCUCGGAGGAGUAGACGUUUAAUACAAAGUGGCGGCAUAGCCCUGCUGAGAUGUCAGUGGUGGCCUGGAUGCUGUAACCCCAACGUGUGGCUAAACAUUUUAUUUUCUACAUUUUCCCCUUCAUUAUCAUUAGUUGCUGUGAUUCUUUCUGCAUUUUUGGUUAACUAUCAUUUCCAAAGACUUGUCAUUCAGUAAUAUUAGCAGAUAGCUGCUUCGAAUAAAGGAAUUUGGAGUUUAAAAAUCAACUCGUGAAAACAAGGUUGUUUUUGUCUUUAUCUUUUGUUAGAAUUAUAGAUUUAUGAUUUCAUAGGCUUGAUUCUAUAUGAAAUAUCUUUUUACUUUUAUGCAUUUUAAUAAGAUUUAAAAAUAUUUAGAUACAAACCCCCCUUUAAUGAGUGCAAGAAAAACUCUUGACUUGUUAGAAGAAAGUAUAUUCUUUCUAGAAUUCGGUGCAGGAAUAUGUCUUCAUAUCCAGGCAAACGGGUAUAUUUUUAUAUUCAGACAAUCCUUCUCCUCUGGGGCUUUGUUGCCAGGAAGAUUAGAACUAAAUUUAUUUUUUUUUCAUUUCUGUAAUGAAAUCAUCCCAGAUGCCUGUUGUCUUCUUUCCAAAUGUUUUUCACAUAUGUUUAAAAUAUUUCUACUUUGAAUUGUCGGAUUUUCCAUGUCCUCCUUUCUCCUUUGUGCCCAGCCUGAGUCAGCACCAUCCCACAUUCAGAAUCUCCCAGUGAAAGGGCAGGAAGGGGCCUCACCUGUCAGCCUUCAUUUUGAGAAGGUGGAAGGUGUUGGGGUUUGGGAGACAGCUCAUCCGAUCUCCCAAGUCUCACGUGACAUGGUGGAUUUGUGACCGUGAGAGUUUCCGGUUUAAAAUAUGAAAAACCAGUUUCCUUUUCCCAGCGCCAUGCCUGUGGAGGUGACAGUCAGACCCAGAGGUCCAUUAGAUGUGGAUGAGCUCACAGGUGAAUCGAGGAGAAGACCAGGGGACGUGCCUUUUCCGUUUUGUCCAACAAAGCAUUAUAUUUUUAAGAAUGCCAGACCUGUUUGCUGAAUUGUUCAUAAGAUAACAAUAGGCUUGAAUCUCCAAUUCAAAUGAAUGUCAAAGCACAUAUCUUUAAUAUGCUGAAUGAAUAUUUAUUUUUGUAUCCAUUUACAGUAUAUUGAUCUCUUUUAUUCUUUGUUAAAAUAAAAUGCUCUUUUUUAAAA